GUGGCGGGCGGUUAGGAGGCGAUCGGCUACUCUCACUGGCCUGCGGGCUAUGACGAUCACCUACAGCUGCGUCGCUAAUGGCCGAGCGGUCCUGGCAGAGCUGGCCUUGAGCGGCGGCGCCUAUCAGGAAGCUGCUGCAAAGGUGCUUAGACAAGCGCUUCUGAAAGCUGAACCAACGACCAUAAUUCAAAUAGGAAGCUAUGUCUACCAUACUCUCUUUAUUGAUGGAAUCACUUACUUGUGUGCUACAGACAAUGGCUUGGAUACUAUAGCACCAUCUGCAUUUCUUAAAAAAGUUAGUGACAUUUUUACAAGAAUUCCUUGGAUGUCACAAGAACAUUUUUUUCCUUCAAAUGCACUUGCUACAGAUUUUCAACAAAUACUAGCACAGCACAUGGCAUCUGGAGUGGCAUUGCAGAUAUACCUCACACAUACCUUCAGGGCAGCUGGGCAAAACAGAAAGAUACCAAGGAACCAGACAAAGAACACAGCACAGCACUGGCGGCAUUUCUGCCCUUCAGCCAAAUCAGGAGACAUUUCCAGCUUCUCUCCAAGGACAAGAAGUGAGAUGGAAUACAACAAAAAUCGAAGUAGCAGUACACUGUCUACGGUGAAGAGUCGAGUGUCUGACGUAAAAAGUGUUAUGUUGAGAAACAUCGACACAGUCCUAGAAAGAGAAACAGAAAUAGUGAGCGUCCUCACUGAAGAGGCAGAUAACCCUCAAGCAACUGCUGAAGAAUUUGAGACCACCAGAAAGAUUCCCAAGAGGACAUGGUGGAAGUGCUUCAAGAUUGUAAUUACCACCCUUGCCAUUCCCCUGUCAAUCAUUAUCAUCCUCUUAAGUACUCACAUAAUCCCCACCUGACCAAUAAAGUGUUACAUGGAGUUACAGAGCCCUG